AUGGCGGAUACUAAAACAGCUAAUUUAAAGUGCACCGAAAAAUUAAUCGCCAAACCAUGUAAAAGAUGCAAACAUGUAGCUCAAAAUGGACUAAAGUGUGUUAGUUGUGGUGCAGUGUCUCACCAAAGCUGUGUUAAGUUGUUAAAAGACGUGGAAAUCAUAAACUCCGAAGAAUUUAUUUGCUGUGGUGACUUAACCUCUAAUGAUGCAAACCUCUCCAGCUCCACAAAUUCAACGGAAAACUCAUCGGAAACUGUCAUUAACGCCCUGGAAAGCAAUCUAAAUACUCCAGACAGAAUUAUGGAAUCUCUAUUGCGUGAAAAUGCUGUGCUGGAAGCUGAAAAUAGAUUGCUGCGAAGUUUAAUUCAGGAAAAAGAUGAGAAAAAUGACCUUCUACGUGAAAAUUUUGAGAUUAGAAGUUGA